CACAGGCGCCCUCCGCCCGCGGCCAGCUAGCCUCUUGUUUCCGUCCCUUCGAGGCCUUGUCGCAGCGGCACCACCCCAGCCGCGCCCUGCUUCUUUGUGGCUGUUUCCGACCGUCGCCCGGCGCAGACGGUCAAGCCAGCGGCCUGCCCGUCUCCACGCCCGUCUCCACCUGCCGCCCUCCACCGUCUCUUCUUUUUGCCGCCGCCCUCCUCUGCCCUGCGCUGCGCUGCGUCUCCGUCGUGACAUGGCCCUGCUCUAGCAGCUAGCUCCACGCCGCUGCUGCUGUGCGCUCGGUGCCCUGCCUGCUGCUCGCUGGCGACGCGUCGCUGUCCCGCCCUCUCCGCUUAGCCGUCCUCCACCCUUCUCCGGCCUCCCCUCCCGCCUUAAAUACCGCGCCGUUGCCGCCCCGCGACCGCAAAGCAUGUCUGCCAACACGCAGACGACGCCCGCCAUGAACUCGCAUCCCCAUGCGCCGCCGCCGCAAGCCGACCUCAAGCGCAAGCGGAGCCCGUCGCACGACGUCUUGCAUCCCGCCGCCGCGCCCGUGCCAAAGGCCGCCAAGACGAGCAACCACCUGCAGAUCAACUAUCUCGCCAGACAGUGCGAAAACGACCUGCCGCUCAUUACGAACGAUGACACGCUGCCCAACAUCCUGUCGCUGCUCAGCGACUACCAGGGCGUGCUGGACCGCCACGAGAGCAUGGCCUGCAACCUCGGCGCAAGACCGCUGGGUCCCAUUUUGAUCAAGCGAUUCGAGCGCCUGUUUGACGGGCCGCCGCGAGUGCUGAAGAGCCAUGGGAAAGAAGGCACCAAUGUAACAUGGCUGGACGUGGUUGAGUUUGCGCGCAACAAGCCGGAGCAGUUCCAGCUGGGACAGAUGAGCGAGGGAGUGCGCGUUUGCCAGUUCUACACCAAGCAAUGCCGGGUUCAGAUAUCGGAGGAGGACUUUGUGCUCAUCUCGUCGGGCAUGCCGCAGAAGCUGAUUCCGCCGCAGCCCAUCAUUGAGGAUGAAGAGAAGGAGCUGGGCACGCUGGAGAUUUUGGAGAGGAACCUCGGACAGAUUUGCCAAUUGGCUGAUCAAGUCGCCGCCCGGACGCGCCAGCUCAAUCAUCGUCUCAAGGGGCGGAAGCAGGCCAUCCUUGACCGGAGAGCGACCGCUAGCCCCGCUCCGCCCAUUCGUCCAUCGAGCCCUUCUAAUGUCGCCCUCAUGAAUGGCGCAUCACAAGGCAGUCCCAACGCGCCGAACCUCAGUUCGUCUUCGCAGUCUGCGGGAGGCUUCGUCGCUGUCAACUCCCGUCCCCACGGUGAGCAAAACGGCGCAUCAUCAUCCACCCGACAUGAGCUCAUGUCCAAGUUCCACACAGUGAGUGAGCGGCGCACCUCUUCGCAACCCGCGAACGGCUCCAUGGACGCCAGGCGUCUAUCUAUGGGACCGCACAACGACUCUCAUCCAGCUACCCCGGUGUCAAAUGCCUCGAGACCUCCGAAACCCGCGGAACUGGCCCCUCCAAAUAUAGUACAGCAAAGACCGCCACAUCUGUCUGAGUCGGAGCUGCACCACGUCAUGAACUCUCCCGUCCCCAUCCCGAGCACGCCUUCGAGCUUACUUCCAGCAGCCAGUCAGCGCGCCAGCCAGCCGCAAGACAAGGAUGACGGCGGCCCUUUCAAGGCUGAAAUGGUGCACCGGAUGGAGGCCCUUGCAAAGGGCGAGCGCAUACUACCUCCCUGCGAUCGAUGUCGCAGGCUACACAUGGAUUGCCUGAAGAACCUAACCGCUUGCAUGGGCUGCACAAAGAAGCACGCCAAGUGCUCCUGGAAGGAAGUCAGGGAGAACGAACUGCGCGGCAACUUCUCCCAUCCACCACCGAGUAUGAACAGUAGGAUGCGCAGUGAAAGUGAAGAGCUUGACAACGCGAACGGUAACGGUAACGGUAACGGAAAUGCCGAACGCGCAAGCACGGGGUCUCCUGCUGCGGUACUGAGCCCUCCUCGCCACGGAAUGACGCCUGCUGCACAGCAAGGCAUGCCGCAGGAGCCGAGGCUACCGUCGAACCGCAACUCGCCUCCGAACAUAGAGCGAGAAGUCACUCGUGGAGUCGAGGCCCAGCUGCAGGAAGCCGCGAAGUCGGGCCUUGCGCAUGCGAACGCAAGAUUGGGUCCACAUGAAGGAGGAAAAGGGCCUGAGUAUCAGACAAUGGUUGCUUAAGCGAACAUAUCACCACAACGGAAAUACUGCACGGUGCUUAAGAGAGUCGUUCAGGGAUUGUCUGCUUUGGGUAGACAAGAGUCAUGCAUUGGGAACGUUCGUUUGCUGUUACGGUGAUACCAUUUUCCUUUACAAAAUCUUCAUUUGGGAUGUAAGGCGUCUUCCAGGGACUGUGGGUCACGAUAUCCAGGAGUUGGAGGCUUCUUCUCCAUUCAGGCCUUGCUUACUCUUUGUUGAUGAGCUUUUUACGCUUUCGCUUCUUGUUUAUAUGAGUGGAGAGGAGAGUGGGCUUUGCUUAGGUCAAGGUUAGCGGAUAACGAGACUGAGAAGGGCUUGCAAGAUGCUACAGUAGCAUGCAUGAGUUUGUUCAAUGUUCAUAUAUUGAGUCUCCAUCAUAGCAUCUUCCUGCAGCUGCACAUGCACUUGCGGCCUUAGUUGAAGGGGGCUCUCUUCA